GGUCAACCUAUUAGAGAGUUUUGGAACUCACGCAUGAAAGGGUUCGGGCACAUUGAGGACGUGGAAUGAUGAAUUAUAUCAUAUUGGCGACCGUUUUUUCCAUGGUUUUUGCCGAAAAAUCACCUCGGCUGAAAUUCAUUGUAAAAGAGCCGGCCAGGUACCACUUCUCGAAACCGGAGAACUACAUGUCAGUGUACCACCAGGAGGGCACCAAUGUGCUGUACGUGGGGGGCCAGACAGUGAUCUACGUGUUGACUUUCACUGACAGGGGGGUCCACGACCUGCAGAUCCCUGUGGUAACCGAUGAAAACGCAAAGGCAGCUUGCAUCGCCAAAUCAGACCCACCAAAGUUGGAGUGUGACAAUUUCAUCACAGUCAUUCAGAAAGUCAAUGACACUUUUGUGGUAUGCGGGACAAUGCAGGAACCCCCAAAUUGCUGGUGCUGGUAA